AUGGCUUUCAAGGGGCUGAAAUCAAUGUUGUCCGUGUUUGCUUUGGCUACUUACACGUUGGCCGCGCCUUCGACCACACUACCCGCAUUGACUAAAACAUCACCGACCGAGACAGAAGUUCCUAUGGAGUUGGUCAAAGAAACCCUUCUUGAAUUGUCUUCGGCGUUGUCGGCAGGCUCGACAAAGAACGGCCGCAAGGAAAUGCACUACGACAACUAUCAAGGGUCCAAGUACAGUACCAUUAGUUCGCUGAUCCACUUGUUGGCGACCGUUGGUAGCGCGAUCGCCCCGUUAAUCGGCGCUAUAGUUGGCCCGCUCAUGUCCAACAUCGCCAACGGAAUCACAUGGGCAAUAACACAUACUAUUUCUUCUGGAUUUUCCCUCCACGGUUUAUUCACUCCCGCUCUGGGACCUGGACACGGGCACGGAUCUGGACACGGGAACCCGCAUCCAAUAUCCUCAUAUUCGGCAGCCGAAGCCCAGAGCGAAGCUACAGUAGAAACAUACAAAGUGCCGGUCGCUACAGCCGAAGUAGACCAAACACCUACGGCUGCGGUCGAAACAACGGCGGAAAACGGCAGCGAGGGCGUUCAGAAAAUAUAA